GGCCGACAUGAGGAGUAAGCAGGUCCCCACUUCCACCACCUCGGCCAGGCUCGCCGCAUUCAUCCGGCCGCUGGGAGGCACAGGUGUAGGCGCGGGUGGAAGCGCGAGCGGGGCCGUGGAGGGCGCGGCGGCGGGCGAGGAGGAGGAGGACCGCGGAGGGUCACCGCUGGGCCCCGGCGGGCCCCACCGCUGCGCGCAGUGUCGCGGCGCCUACCCAUCGCGUGCGCAGCUCGAGCGGCACGAGACACUGCACGCGCCCAGCACUCAGGUGGAUACCCUGCAAUAUACUUGCAAGAUCUGCCACAAGAGCUUCCAGAACGUGUACCGGCUACAGCGGCAUAUGCUGAGCCACGACGAGAGCGCCGUCCUGCGCAAGUACAAGUGCAACGACUGCGACAAGGCGUUCAAGUUCAAGCACCACCUGAAGGAACAUCUCCGCAUACACAGCGGCGAGAAGCCCUUCGAAUGCGCCAACUGUGGCAAGAAGUUCUCCCACUCGGGCUCCUACUCUAGCCACACCACGUCCAAGAAGUGCCUCGUUAUGAACCUCAAGAUGGGCCGGAUCAAACCCAACAACCCGGCGCUCAACCCCAACCGCAGCCCGGCUCGGAAACGCGCCUCUGCGAGUGCGCUGGUCGCCUCCCACCUAAACAACAACCUGCUGCCUAACGGCGCCUUCCUGCCCCUCAUGCCGAAGUACAACGACGCGACUGCCUUCUUCGCUUCGAUGUCUGCGCAGGAUAAUAACUUCUCCCGCACACCCCUCCCCCAGCCAGCGCUCAACCCCUUCUAUCUGCCGACCGGAGUGCCCCUCAGCCCAGCGGCCGGCAUCGCGCCCUACAGCUUUCCUUCCACCCUCAGCCAACUCUUCGAGCGAAUUGCUUCAACACAGUAUCAUCAGAGAAAAAUAGAGAAUGUAAUUGAUGCAAAACUGAGUAGUCCUCUCGCGACGAACCCUGAGGAUAUGAUAGAAGAAAUCACAGAGGAAGAUGACAAGCGAUCCGAGGGCAGCGCGGAGCUCGUCAUGGACAUAGAGGAUGACGAAUCGGUAGCUAUUAAAAGAGAAAACGAAAAUAUGGAAAACGAUUUUAGACCGAGGUCCCCCGACUCGAUUUGUGAAUCCAAAAAUAUUUCAGACGAUAUAAAACACGAUAUCGUUAUAUCACCCAGGAAGCGCCGCGCGGAACAUCUCUAUAUGGAAAGAAUAAAAAGCGCAUCUCCUGCGGACGAAACAUAUCCCGCGAGAGAGCUUUCACCCCGGAUUACGAUAAAAGACGAGGUCGUCGACGACUUCGUAUGCUAUAAAUGUAGUAUGUCUUUCAAAAACAAAAGUGAUCUAAUAGAGCACGAGAAGUUAGUCUGCGGAAACCUCUUUAGGAAGCACGAAGGUCUCGCCGCUCAGGUGGCCGAGACCGUGGCGCUCAGUAGACUGGAGGCCGAGCUGCAGGCGAGCGCGCGCGGCGCCGGCGCCAGCGACGACGACGACACUGUUACGACGCGGGACGAUCGCGACGACAAAAUGUCGAUCCACGAUACGGAUAGGAAAAUCAGAGUGCGAACCGCGUUGAGCGAGGAGCAGCAGCAAGUUUUAAAAGAAUACUACGCAGUAAAUUCUCGACCAAAUAGGGAGGAAUUCAAGAAAAUCGCACAACAAAUCGGUCUGGACAACCGAGUCGUUCAAGUAUGGUUCCAAAACAAUAGAGCCAGGGUGCGGAGAAUGACACAACCCGUCGUCCACUCGGAUCAACCGCUCGAUUUGUCAACCAAGAAGUCGAGUCCGUCUCUGGCGUCCAGCCCGAGCCCGUCGUCGCCGGGCAGCGCGCCUGCCACGCCCGGCACCCCCGCGCUCUCCGACUGCGAGGAGGCUGUGAACCUGAGUCAGAAGUCGUCGCGCAGCACCACACCGCUGCGAGCGCCGCCGGGCCUGGCCGCCCCCGCCUACCCGCCUUCCAACUGCUCCUCCUCCUCUUUCUCCGACUUUAUGGUGUCGCCCUCGCCGGCGGACGUAGUGCUCGGGCACAAACGAAUGUUCUCCAAAAAGUUGUCCGUCAAUCCAAUGAUACCGAUGGAUACCCUCCUACAAUACAACGACAUGGCGCGGGUGCCUGCGCCCAGUCCGGGCUACGAGCGCGCCGAACGCGGCGAGCGCGCCGAACGCGGCGAGCGCGCCGCUUGGGACGAGGCGCCGCUACCGGCCGACUUCGACGACGACGCAGCACUGUUUAAAAAGAAAAUGAAAACGGAACUGAAAGAAGGGGAGGGACAAUUCGUGUGCAAUCAGUGCGAUAAGACCUUUGUCAAACAAAGUUCACUCGCGCGGCACAAGUACGAGCACUCAGGUCAGCGGCCGUACAAGUGCGAGGAGUGCCCGAAGGCGUUCAAGCACAAGCACCACCUCACGGAGCACAAGCGGUUGCACACGGGCGAGAAGCCCUUCCAGUGUUGCAAGUGCCUCAAGAAGUUCUCGCACUCCGGCUCCUACAGCCAGCACAUGAACCACCGCUUCGCCAUCUGCAAGCCCUACAGGGACUAGCUGCCCGCGGCUUUCCGCGCCCGCCGCGCCCGCCGCGCCCCCCGAGCCCCCCGAGCCCCCCGAGCCCGCCUCCGUCGUCGUCGUGCGAUAGUUUCAAAGCAUCACAUACUAGAUAUCAAUAAGUAAAAUAAGUAUUCGUCGCUCGGUAUUUCGUUAAGUAAGGUAAUGCUCGGAUGCGUGUUGUGUCAGGUUGUACGGAGUCAAAGAGAAUGAACUGUCGCUAGCACCAAAUUCUGUUUGCUGUUUUAUUUUUAAUUUUAAUCUGUCAUUGUUACAAUGCAUACGUCGCAUUCGCAGCGACCUGAAACCAAAGCCCAGUACCUGUGCAUAAUUCUCGCCAUUUUUUAUAUCGUACUGUAGGUGUAAAGUAAUGUACGAAUGAAGAGAUUUUAUCAGAUCGCGUUCGGACGAAAUGUCAGUUGUAUGUACAUAAUAUUUUUUUAAUAACUUCGUUGCGUGUGCACUAAUGUUAACUACGACUAUAUACGUACGAUAAAGUACAUAAACUAGAGAUGUUCUACAAACUAGAGCGGUCGACGUCGAACUUGUAUGUCGAUAGGGGAAAUCAGUAUUUGAGAAUCUUUAAGGUAUAUUAAAAUGUUUCUUGUGUACUCGCAAGAGGUUAAAAAUUUAUCUUUUGUUGUUUAAAAUAUUUAAGAAAUAAACGUAGAGUCGUAGUAACUUAAUAUAAAGUAGGUAAGGAGAUAAGUGCUAGCUAGAUACAAUCUUACUUAAGUUGAAAGCAUUCCAUAAUACUCGAGUGGGAUCUCUGCUGUGUUAUAAACUCUAGUUUAGUCCAAAGAUUAGUUGUCGUGUGUUGUAUAUACUAAUUGUUGUAAAUAAAAUAUUUUAUGUGUAAAUAGAAUCGCUUGUUACGUCUCUGCAUGUGCGUUGUGCACGUCCGGGGGGUGCGGGGGGCGCGGCGGGCGCUCGCCGGGUCCGACCCCCGCGCCUUCCCGGGGACAGGCAACAAUGUGUGACAAUAAGGGUCAUCUCAACAAUACAAUAAGAAUUACUCGUAUUUUAAAAAUUUUAACUAAUGUAUUAUAAAUGAAAAUUAUAAUUUUCAGUUUCGUGCCUACUACAUGUUAUAUUACAAAUAUUUCUUAAAAUGAUUGUAAAUUAUUGUAGAUAAAAUUAUGUGAUAUCUUACGAUCGAUCUUAUUAUGCAACGGAAAGUACGCGCCAAUUUUUUUUUAUAUAAUCAAAGUGAAAGAUGUACUUAAUUUUACUUUCCCUUGAUGAUGAUCACAUGCAGUUUUGUGUUCGAGACCGUUAUCCUCGUAUCUCUUCAUACAUCUCCAUACGUCUUUCCUCAUUCUCGUUUGAGCCACUCGACUCACGACGCACAUUAAUUGCAGUCGAUAUACCUACAUAAUAUGUUACGUUAUAACGAACUAAAAAACAUAUUAAGUAUGGGCAGUGAGAAAGUGGAGUACUUACGCAUGUUCGAGGACUCUUCACCACUAAAGUAGAACAGAAAGUUCCUAAGCAAAUACAUUUUAAGAUGCAACUAAUGAUUAUUUCUAUAGUGUAAUUGUAAGUAGAAAAAGUUAAUUUCAAAGGUUUCUAUGCAACGAAUUACGUAAAUUAUAGCAGAUAUCGCAUAAUAGUAUAGUUAGGACAUUCUGGUCGAGAGGGAGCAGCGAGCCGAGAGACGGGAGACGGCCGACUGUGGCCGCGCCGUGUGCCCAACUAAAUACUGUACAAUAUCUAUUUACAUUCACAUAAGUAAUUAUAUAUCAUAAUAAUAUUAGAUCUGUUUGAACUAUUUCAUAUUUUAUUAUAAUUUUAUUGUAAGCUAUUCUAAAUUACCGGUGGGCUAGACAAACCAAAGAAUAAUUAUGUAAAAAGACGUGGACUUUUGUAAAAUAUAAUCAUCCCGUCGUCAGUGUAGUUAAGGUUUUAAGUUCUGUGCCAAAAAUAUUUUUAAGACGUUCAAAUUAAUAAUUAUAUUAGGUACAAGGAAAAAAUAUUUUUAAAUAUAACGGCAUUAUGUACUGUGGCAAAGUUUAGUUAUACUUGUAAUAGUGAUAUUGCAAAGUAUUUCUUCCUUGUACAUUCAUAGGUUUAGUGUAAUGUUAAGCAAACGUGAAUUCCUAUUGCCAUAGGUAGAGCGAGUCCGCCGCGUGUCGGCAAGCGCCCGCCCGCCCCGCGCUCGCGCCCGCGCUCGCGCCCCCGCUCUGCUAACUUGUUACACUGAGCACUCUAGAUUGUUACUUACCUAUAGAUUAAAACGUGUUAAAAUAUUGCCUAUAUAAAUUAUAGUAAUUCAGUUUACUUGAUAUUAUAAUGUAUAUUGAAUUUAUGAAUAUUAAAAAUAUAUAUAUUGACAUUUCAAU